GGCUGGGGCGAGACCGACCGACUUCCGGCCAGGCCGUUGUCUGGGUGGCGCGGUCGAGUCAUCGCCGGGCCUCGCGGCCUCGAUCUCCCAUCCUUCCCCCGCGCCUGUGCGCGGGGGGUCGACCAGCCGAGAGGGGCAGGAGGCAACCCGGACCUUCCUCGUCAUUUCGUUCUGGCCGGCUCACGGGCUACCCGCGCUGGGUCCUGGGGUCCUUGGGGCCCGCGAGGCCCGGUCUAAGAGGCCGGGGCCUACGUGGGCCCGCCGCUGGGCCCCAUGAGGCACAGCCUGACCAAACUGCUGGCGGCCUCGGGCAGCGACUCCCCAACACGGAGCGAGAGCCCGGCGCAAGCCGCCACCUGCUCGCUGCCCCCGGACUUGUCCCGGGCGGCAGCGACGGCAGAGGAGGAAGAGACGGCGGUAGCCAGAUCUCCCGGCCGUGAGCAGCUGCGCGGCGACGAGGGCGAGUUGGAGGACGGUAGGGGGGGCCGCGGCGGCGUGGUCGUGCGCGCGCCCUCGCCGGAGGAGAUGGAGGAGGAGGCGAUCGCCAGCGUCCCCGGGGAAGAGACGGAGGACAUGGACUUUCUGUCCGGGCUGGAACUGGCGGAUCUGCUGGACCCCCGGCAACCGGACUGGCACCUGGAACCCGGGCUCAGCUCGCCCGGGCCUCUCUCCUCGUCCGGCGGAGGUUCGGAUAGCGGCGGCCUUUGGAGAGGGGACGACGACGACGAGUCCGCGGCUGCGGAGAUGCAGCGCUUUUCUGACCUGCUGCAGAGGCUAUUAAACGGUAUCGGAGGCUGCAGCAGCGGCAGUGACAGUGGUAGCGGCGAAAAGAGGCGGAGGAAGUCCCCAGGAGGAGGCGGCGGCAGCAGCGGCAACGACAACAACCAGGCGGCGACAAAGAGUCCCCGGAAGGCGGCGGCGGCCGCUGCGCGUCUUAAUCGGCUGAAGAAGAAGGAGUACGUGAUGGGGCUGGAGAGUCGCGUCCGGGGCCUGGCAGCCGAGAACCAGGAGCUGCGGGCCGAGAAUCGGGAGCUGGGCAAGCGCGUGCAAGCACUGCAGGAGGAGAGUCGCUACCUACGCGCCGUCUUAGCCAACGAGACCGGACUGGCUCGCUUGCUGAGCCGGCUGAGCGGCGUGGGACUGCGGCUGACCACCUCGCUCUUCAGAGACUCGCCCGCCGGGGACCACGACUACGCUCUGCCGGUGGGAAAGCAGCAGCAGGACCUGCUGGAAGAGGACGACGCGGCGGGAGGAGUGUGUCUUCAUGUGGACAAGGAUAAGGUGUCGGUGGAGUUCUGCUCGGCGUGCGCCCGGAAGGCGUCGUCUUCUCUUAAAAUUUUCUUUUUUAGGUGAUUUCCUUCCUGCCAGGCUCCGUUGUAGGGGUUACAGAACAGUCGUUCCCGCCUCACAACCUGUGGAUACAGCUGUUGGGGCAGAAGAGACGGGACCAGCUGCUGGCCACAUUUCCUGCUUUAUUUUAAAAGUUAUGGGCUCAAAGAAUUUAUUCAUCUCUAUCAUGACAUUGGAAAAUAAUGGAUGAAAAUAGGAAAAAUAAUUGUUGUUAAUGCUGACUGUGGGUCUUAAAAGGUUCUGGAAGCAGUAAGUGCGUUUUUCUAAAAAUUAUACUGUUCCUUGGCAUAUUUUCUUCCUAAUGGCAAUGCUUUUCCUGCAUUAUUUGAAGUUUGGGGCUGGGGAGAAACAGUAGUCAAAGCUUUCUGAAUUGGGCUGCUUUGAAAUUCCAAGUGUAGAUUUUUAGAAUGUCAUUUUAUAAAUGGCAGUUUUUGGAAAUACUUGAUUAAGAACUUUUGAAAAUGGAGAUUAGUAUCACCUAUUUUAAAGCUGCUUUGUUAGGUUCCUUAUGUUUUAACUGUCUCUUCUUAGUUUCCAUUUCAUUUUCUUUUUUUUUCCUAAUUUUGGUGACUCAGUGAUUUUGUCAUUUUUUUACAUCAACUUCAUGGUCUUGUUUUUACAUGGUAUUGCAUGUAUUUAGGACCUAUCUAACAGGGGCUUUAAAUAAAUUUGGUCACAUUUAUGUGUAAGCACAUUUUACUGUAAAUGUUUGAGUUUCUGAAUUUACAAUAGAUCUGUUUAUUUCAGUAUGUAGUAGAAUAUCUUAAAAGUGUCCUAUUCACUACUUGUUAAUUAAAAAAGUUAUGAUUAAUAUGAAACUGUUGUCUUACUAUUUUUAAAAAAUUGUGUUCUGGUGGAUAGUUGCAUAAAGGAGAUUUCUGGAAUAUAAUAUGGAGUGUUUUGAAAUUUACGGUUUGGCUUUAUUUACUGUAAUGGAAAAAAACAAUUUAGUAUUUGGGGAACCUUUUUUUCCCCUAAUUUAGCCACUAUGGCAAAAUGUUACAGAACUAAAGAUUAUAGCUUUUUAAUGUCUUCUGAUGGUGACAGCAAUUCAUACAUUAAUUGAACUAACACAUCAUAUUGACCUACUAUUUCUAUCAUAUUGACUUAACUGUUUCUGCACUUCCUUGACCAGACUUAACGAAAAUGUCCACGUUUGUUAAAAUAUAGUCACACAUUUGUCCUAUAAGCCGACAAAAAGUGUUCAAAAUAUUUUAAAUAUUUGUGCAUUUUAUAAUCACUAAAUUAAUCUCUCUCUCUUCUCUUUAAACAGCUUAGCAGUGUCUGCAAAAACGAAUCUUUUCCUACAACCUGUUAACUGACUGGACUGAUGGUAACAAAGUAAUUGUGGGAGCCAUGUCGGUCAAAAAUUUGGCAUCUGCUGAAAAAAAUGAAUGCCAUUUUCAAGUUCCCAAAUUACUUCUAUACUGGUUUCACUUUCCAGAUUUCACUUUCCAGAAAUGGAGAUAUGAAAAGAUUCUCUGGAAUCCUUGAAAGACUUAAUAGAAACACAUGAGACUAAGUUAAUUUUGGAACAAAAUUAUACUUUUUUUUUUUUUGUCUUUCAUGGGAGUGAUACUCAGUUCUUUGCAUACUUUUUAAAAAAUUGUAACCCUUGGAGAAGAGAAUUAUAGUAUUUCAUCAAGGAGUAUUAGAUUCUUACAUAAUCAAGAGCACAUUCUAUGGAAUUAUAUUUAGUAGAGUAGAAUUAUAUGAACAAUCCAUCAGUGAUAACAAGGCAUAUCAUGAGUUUGUGUUUUUUCCUGGAACGUGAGAGAGAAUCUGAAGUACAGACAGAGCUUGCCGAGUAGAAUAUGAAAGUAAUGUAAAGUCCUUAGCUAUAAAGAGUAGUCUUUUUAAAUAGAUGCACUGACUUGUAUAUCUUUGAAAAAGUUGAUUUAUGACUAAAUGUGUGGUUGGUUAAAUGCAAUUCAGGGUAAUCCCAGGAUGUGUGGAUUCUGAGGUUUUGGCUUGUUGAGCUUUCUCUGAGUUGUUGACAUAUAUAUAUGUUUUUUUGAAUAUUUUGAGGUUCCUAAUGAAUGGUAUACUAGUUUCUACUGUUUUAUAUAAAUUAAAAUUUCUCUAGUGUUAUGUAAGGGCUUUAGUAUUCUGGAUUACGGGAGUGGCUUUUUUCAUGGAAUAUGGUUGUUUUACUUAAUUGAAACAUUUUUCCAGUUUAUUACAAGUGUGAAAAAACACUCAGAACUCUGGAUUGUUUUAUUUCAUUUUUGUUGGGUUAUGUUAAUACAUUUUUUUCACCUGGUCUAGACCAAGCCAUAUUAUCUUACAUUUGGGAACCAUGCAGAUGAUAGAAGUGGGAGGGGGUAGGAGAUAGGCUCUUACUUCUUUUCUUUCCAGAAUGAUUCGUUAUAUUAGGUUGGUGCAAAAGUAAUUGCGGUUUAAAAGGUUAAAAAUAAAUGCAAAAACCACAAUUACUUUUGCACCAACCUAAUAACGAUACAGUUUGGUUGUUGUAUAGUAUUAUACAGAAUUUAUUAAAUCCACUCAGUUUCUUGUAAUCUAAGUGUAUUCAGUGUCUGAUGCCUGGCAGCAAAGAGCAUUCCCAGUGACUUAUGCUUGAGGACUGAUGGGUGUUCCUACAGUACAAACAGUGCAGCUGGUUGUAAUUCCACAACCAAAGAUUAAGCAUCAACACUAUUUGGUGACCAUAACUAACACUUUGAUAGAACAGAAUGGAUCUUUUAAAAAUAUGUGAUUACUAAGUUCACCAUUUUGAAAGUAUAGUUUAAGGUCUUACUAACUUAGAUUUUUAAGCUAAGUAAUCUGGUAACUAAGUAAUACAAUGUUUUCAAGUUUCUAGGUUUUUUCCCAGACUCAUGAUCAGUACAAAGUUUCGAGACCCUCCCAAAUGUUUAUAUACUUAGCUUUUUAUCCUGCUGUUUUUUCUUCAGAAGCUAGGUAGUUAACCACCUAAGCCAAGAAAGAAGAAGGAGGAGGUCUUUCAUUAGGAACUUGUAGAGUGUUUUGUUUGGCCAGCACAGUAUUUGUCACGAUUUCAACUUGCAAUACAUGAAUACUCUGUCCACCUGUCAUUCCCUGGUGUAUUACAACAGACUGAGCUCUGCGCUCUGACCUGGAUUGCAAAUGGUUAUUUACAUUCAGUUUUGAAGUGCAGAAAAAUUAAACUGGAGAUAUUUUACAUUUUACUCAGAAAGUAAAUUACUUUGUCAUUAGGAACAUAAAUCAUGUAUUAUUUAGAGAUAAUUUCUUUUAGAUAUAGGUUAAUAGGAAGUUGCUCUCUAACUUGUUUUUUUGUUGCUUUGGUUACUACUGUUAAGUGUUUUUAUUCCUAGGUGUUUUUUUUACCUUCCCCCAAUUUGUACAUUCUCGAUUUGUUACUUAGCGCUCUUACCCCCACUUUUUAAAAAGAAAUCAGUUCAUAGCAGACUUUAAUAAUUUAAAAAUUUUUGUUGAUCCAAAGUUACUUGUUUUGUUGAAAAAAUUUUGCUCAAUUUUUAAUCUAAUUUUAAAAUCUAUUCACGAAUGGUGUUUCGAACAUAUGCAUAGAUAAUGAAUUUUAUUGGUGGGCCAACUUCCUUUAGACUGUGCUUCCAAAUUCUGUAUCUUUCCUGUAUACCCACAAUUUCCUAGGCCCCUUUGGCUUUUAGUGUACUAUAGUUGUGGGUUUGCAGAUUAUAUUCAUAUUUUAAGUAUAAUGUAAUAUGAAUCUUUUUUUUUAAAGCCAAGUAACUACAAAGUAAAUUGUAAAAGAUUUAAAUAGAUCUUUUAUUGUCACUGAAUUGAAAUGUCACAUUUUCCUGGCUGAGGCAGUGUUCUUUAGGUCUGAGCUACAGAUGACUACUUCCUUAAAUUGUAAUGCAGAUCAUGGCAGGUUCACAUGACACCUGCCUCCUGACCAAAAAUUUUGGCAAAGAUUUAGAGCAACAGAUUUAAAAUAACAUGCUCUUUUGCUUAUGUUAUCUAUUCCUAUUAAUUAAUGGGAAAGAUGAUUUAAGAAACACAUGGUGUAAAGGAAAGAUGUUAGAAAGAUAUCCUGUUUAAACCACUGUAAACUCCGGUGUCCAUUUAUAAUUACGCUAGGGAGUAAAUGUGGGAAUGUUUAAGGAUAAGUAAGAAAACAAUUUGUACCAAUCAAUUUAGUUACGUAUAUUUGAAUUAUUCAAGUUGAUUAUACCAUACUCUAUUUUUAAGGAGUCUAGUAAUUAUGGUUCUUAAUUUUUGAAGUAAGGAAUUACUUUUAAUUCAUUGUUUACUUCACUGUGACAAGUAGAACUCUGCUUUAAAUAAAAGUGAGAGACUGCAGAUAAAAUGUAUAAUUUUGGGUCAGAGAUUUUUUAUCUUGAUAUUUUAGCUUGUGAAAUAGGUUAACUUAUUUCUUCCUUUUAAAAGGAGAAAAAUUAUAUAUAUUUUUUCUAGUUGUGAAGUGAAACAUGUCCAUUAUAGAAAACAGAAAAUCGAGACAAAACGAAAAACCACCCGUAAUUCUAUAAUC